UUACUCAUUGAUUCAAACCAUGUUAACUCUUUAUAUUUAAAAGGUAUAAAAUAGCAUUAAAGUAUUAGCUGACUGCCUAAGAUUGCUUGGCAAUUACACUGAUGCAAUAACAUUGGCAGAUAAAUCUUUGUGUUUGGAUUCAAACAAUGUCAAUUCAUUAAAUACAAAAGGUAUAAAAUUAACUUUAAUAUAUUAUUAGCUGACGCUUUAUUAAUGCUUGGUAAUCACACGGAGGCAUUACUAUUUGCUGAUAAAGCUUUGUAAAUUGAUCCAAAGCAUCCCAAAUUAUUACGUACAAAAGGUUAUUUUUCUUUUCUAAAUAGGUGAAUCAUUAAGAUAGUUGGGUUAAUAUGAGAAUUCCAUUACGAUUUUAGAUCAAGCAUUGGAUUAAGAUCCAAAUGAUUCAUAUUCUCUAGCUAGCAAAGGUUUAUUUUUAUAAUUAUUGAUUAAGGAGCAUGUUUACAAAAGCUAAAAAAAUACAAUGAAGCCAUUUAAUCUUACAAUAAAGCUCUUCAGAAUAGUCCAUCAUUUUAGUGGGCUCAAGAUAGGAAAAGUAUAUUUGAAUUAACAUAUUAUAGAUGAAUGUGAGAAGUUAUUAUAGAAAAAAUCAUGAAUCAAAUGACAAUUUUAUAUUAUAUAUUGGCAAGAGUCAUCCACUAUAUAUAUUUAAAUUAAAUUUCAACAAAUUUAACAUAAUUAACAAAUCUAUAAGUCAUAAUUUUUACUAUAUGUAGUAAGAAUUUAUUCUUUAUUGGCUGCAGGAAUAUAUUAAAUGGCAUAUUUUAAAACAAUUAACCUCAGUAGUUGUAUAUUAGUUAUGGUUUUAGAGGAGGUUUCAUUUUACAAAAGUAUAUGAUUAAUUUAUGGUUUUAUAAUAGUGA